UAGUACUCUCAAAAUAUAAUUUUUAUAAGAAUUUAAAAACACAAUGUCAGAAGAUAAGGCCAUAAUUCUUUUUGGUCAAGACAUAACCAAAAUACCAUGCUUCAGAAACAGUUUUUUAUAUGGAAUUUCGGGAGGAUUGGGUUGUGGUUUAAUGUAUUUCAUGUUUACCAGUAAACCGUUGAUGGCUAGUCAUUGUGCGGUAGCUUCUUUUGGAGUGAUUACGAUAUCGUAUUGGGCCCAUUGCAGAUAUAAUUAUUCAAAAGCCCGGUUUGAAAUGUUAAGGUUGCAAAAAUUGUUGCAACAACAUGCUAUGUAUGAAGGUACGGAAGCUGAAAAAGAAUUAGAUAAGAAAUUAAUUAAUAGUAAUCCUGUGGAUAUUUAAUGUCUUUAGUUUUUUUUUUAAGAAAUAUUGAUUUAUUAUUAUUAAAUGACUGAUUGUCUUGGAUUAAUGUGAUAGUAGCAAAAAAUAGUUGUUUUAUUAAAUAUUAAAAGAAA